AUGCAUGGAAAAGAAUUACUUCACUUUGACCCAAAACAAGAAGCAAGAUUACGCAGAAAAAUUGAUCGUUGGGUCGUUCCAACGGUCGCGUUGCUUUAUCUUUUCUGUUUCAUCGAUCGUGCUAAUAUUGGAAAUGCUCGUUUGGCAGGAUUGGAACCUGAUUUAGGAAUCAAUCCAAAAACAUAUCAAUACAAUAUCCUUCUUUCUUCCUUUUACAUCUCGUAUAUCGUCUUUGAAAUUCCUUCAACCAUGCUGACCAAGAUUAUUGGGCCCAAAAUUUGGAUUGCAGCCAUGGCUGGCCUCUUUGGAUUACUGAGUAUGUGUACUGCUUUUGUCAAGUCGUAUGGCGCUGCGAUCGCCGUUCGUUUUUUGCUCGGUGUAGCAGAAGCAGGAAUGCUUCCUUCUAUUGCAUUCUAUCUAUCAAGAUUCUACAAAAAGGAUGAACUUGCUCUUCGUUUGGCAAUGUACAUCGUCAUGGCACCAAGUGCAGGUGCAUUUGGAGGCUUGCUCGCUUCUGGAAUCCUAAAGAUUGAUAGUAUUGGUUCCAUCGAACGUUGGGAAAUGAUCUUUUUCGUUGAAGGUAUCAUCACAAUGGGUUUGGCAUUUAUCAGUUAUUUCACUUUGACUGAUAGCAUCGAAACGGCAAAAUGGUUAUCGGAAGAUGAAAAGUACAUGGCAACUGCUCGACUCAAGACUGAAAUGGUAGGUCAAACAGUUUUGGUCGAUAAAGCAACCUCAAAAGCAGUUUUGCGUGGUAUCUUAGCUCCAACUUCAAUGUUGUGUGCUCUGAUGUUCUUGUUGGAUAACAUCACCGUCCAGGGCGUUGCAUUCUUUUUGCCAACGAUUGUCAAAACUCUUUAUCCCACCAAAACUGUCAUUCAACAACAAUUACUCACAGUUCCACCAAACGUUGUAGGUGCAGUUGGUGUUCUUCUUUCGGCUUACAUCACAACCAAGAUUCGCGUUCGAUUCCCAUUGGUCUUUGUUAAUUCGUUGUUCAUGUUGACGGGAUAUGCAAUGUUCUUGGGAUCAAAAAACUUGAAUGUUCGUUAUGCAGCUAGCUUUGUGACAUGCAUAGGUGCAUUUUCAAUGGGAGCCUUGCUCCCUGCAUGGGCAGCAAUCAACACAAACAACGACAGUGAAAAAGCCGGAGCGAUUGGUGUUGUCGUUAUGUUUGGUAAUAUGGGAGGUUUGGUCGCGACUUGGUCUUAUCUUUCAAAACAUGCGCCUAAUUUCGUUCCUGGAAACGCUCUCAAUCUAGGUGCAGGAGCUGGAAUUGCUUUGUUGAGCGUUAUUCUAUUCUUCUAUCAACGUCGUGAGAAUGUGAAGCGAGAACGUGGUGAUUAUGAUCAUCGUUUGCAAGGUAAAUCAAUCGAAGAGAUUGAACUAUUGGGAUUGAAUCAUCCAGGCUUCAAGCUUCGUCAUUAG